AUGGGUCUCAAAGAAGCCUUCAAAAACCGCUCUGGUUUGCGCAUCGACAAUCGCAAAACCACGUCCGCCUCGACACUGACCUUGCGCCAGAGUCUCUGGCCCCUCAGUCUCGUCACCAUCCUGUUCUUUCUCUGGGGCUUUGCAUACGGGCUUCUGGACACGUUGAACAAACAUUUCCAGAACACAUUACAUAUUGAUCGCACGCGAUCGGCGGGUCUUCAAGCAGCGUACUUUGGGGCAUAUCCACUAGCCUCUCUGGGCUAUGCCAACUGGAUCCUUCGCCACUAUGGAUACAAGACAGUCUUCAUUUUCGGUCUCACCUUAUAUGGUAUCGGUGCGCUGUGCAUGUGGCCGGCCGGUCUAAAUCAAUCCUUCGGUGGAUUUUGCGGGGCCACGUUUGUCAUUGGAUCGGGACUUGGUUCAUUGGAGACGGCGGCAAACCCAUACUUGACUGUCUGCGGUCCCCCCCGCUACGCAGAAAUUCGAAUCAACUUUGCUCAGUCCUUCAACGCCAUCGGCACUGUCGUCGGCCCCGUCCUGGGCUCCUACGUCUUCUUUACCGAAACGGACGAUACUGUCACAGCCCUUCAGCGCGUGCAAUGGGUCUAUUUGGCAAUCGGAAUCUUCGUCUUCUGUCUCGCAGCCGUCUUCUUUGUUUCGAACAUUCCCGAAGUCACGGACGAGGACAUGGCAUUUCAAGUGGCGGCCACUCAUGUCGAUGAGCAGGACAAGCCGUUUUGGAAACAAUAUAAACUGUUUCAUGCGGCCCUGGCGCAGUUCACGUAUACUGGUGCACAGGUUGCCAUCGCGGGCUACUUCAUCAACUAUGCCGAAGAUACCUGGCCUGGAACUGACGGUGCCAAGGGGGCCAAACUUCUGGCUGGUGCGCAGGGUGCCUUUGCCGUGGGCCGAUUCCUGGGCUCGGGAAUCAUGAAGUUUGUCAAGGCCCGAUGGGUCUUUGGCGUUUACCUUUCGUGCUGUGUGGCUUUCUUGGCUGCUUCUGUGACGCAGAGGAAUCAGACGGGCAUUGCAAUGCUCUAUCUGGUCCUCUUCUUUGAAUCCGUCUGUUUUCCCACGAUCGUCGCACUGGGAAUCCGCGGUCUGGGCCGCCACUACAAGCGUGGCUCGGGCUUCAUCGUCGGCGGCGUCUGCGGUGGUGCAGUCGUCCCGCCCAUUCUGGGCCAUGUCGCCGAUAUGCGAAAUGACACGGGCUUUGCAUUUAUUGUUCCUACAAUGUUCAUGGUUGUUGCGUGGACAUACGCCGUUAGCGUCAACUUUGUUCCUGCGUACACAUCGACCGUGGACAAGGUUGGACAAAGUCAACUGGGUCUCGAGAAUCCAAAUGCCAAGGACGAAGAAUCUCAUGAUAUGGCACCGGCUGAGGGCGAUCAUGGAACUGGUGAGAAGGGCAAGAUGGACAGUGCAGGUGGUCAAGAGAAGUGGAGCACGAAGGAAAUUGGCUCGACUCAUGUGGAGCGGAGCUCGUUGUAA